AUGGCCACAACAGAAGACUCCCUCGAAACAUACACCCACCUCCCCCUCCACCUCGAUCCUGCCACAAAAGUCCUCACAAGCACAAAAUCCUCCGACUCGCAGGUGCAAGAAAUCCUCAAGAACAUCAACAAUCUUCACACACAAUUCAAGAGCAUAGAGACACCAAACCAUGCGCCUCCACCACCACUCCCUGUGAACCCAAAACGUAGUGCGCAACUACUCAAACUCCGCGAAAGCGCGAAGCAAUCAGUUCAGAAGAAUGAUUUCGCAGGCGCGAUCAGAUUGAUGGGUCUCGCUAUACAAAUGGCGAGCGACAGACCACCAUGGGAGCCAGCAGGAAUGGUCAGGGAGGAGUUGGCAGUCUGUUACAUGGAGCGAGCAAACGUCCACGUCUUGAAUAGAGAUUGGGUCGAGGGCUGGAAGGAUGCGGAGUGCAGUUCGGAGUGCAAGAGAGGACGACAGCAGACGCCUCAGGGUCAGACGAUCCCGGGCAAUCCUAGAGCGUUUGUGAUAGGUGGGAAGUGUCUCGUUGAGAUGGGACGGUGGCAUGAGGCUGUGGAAUGGUUGCAGAAGGGUAUUGAAAUUGAGGCAGAUGAGGGACAAGAUGGGAGGGAAAUGCAGAAGUUGCUUACGGAGGCGAAAGAAGGACUGGAGAAGCAGAGUGCCCGUGCUUAG